AUGCGAGAAGGAUACGACGGCGACGACAUAUACGUUAUGGUGGAAGACGAGUUUCAGACUAUUGCUCAGUCUUAUACAGCACAUCUACAUCAUGCUGAGUACAAGAGACUGGUCAAGCAAGCUCGUGAAGCGGCGCCAAAAGCCCUUCCGGAACCAACCUCACCCAUGUCCAAGGAGACAAAGAACCGCCUCAAGAGCAUGACCUUGCAGAAGAAGCAGAAGAACACUCUGCAGCAGGUACUGGGGCCAACGCCUACAGAGAUCGAGGAGGACACGGAGGUGGCGGAGGACAAAGUGGUCGAUCUCUGGUCCGGGACAAGUCUUGCUCCGCUAAUGGCGAACACUGUCCAGCAGAAGACUUCUCUGAUCGGUAUGGAGAGGAUGUCGAGCAAGACCAAGGCCGGGAUGGGCUUCACCAGGAGGCAGAGUGGUGGCGACUUCAUUGAGGACGCUGUUGAUGACAAGGAUGACGAGGAAGACGAGGACGAGGAUGGGCUUGAUAUUACCAGAAAGCCACGGCGAACACCUCCAGGCGAGAGUGAGAGUAUGACUGACGGUUUUGGCUUAACCUCUCGCGUAUUGAGCAGUGAGCUUCCCACCCGGAGACACGAUUCCUCUGCUCAACGAGGAUCUGAGGCAUCUGUCAAAAAGAGUGCUGCGGCAUCUUCAUCUGGACUGGGCCGGGAGCCUGCUGUUCUCGAGGAUGGCAUGGACGAAUUGGGUUUGCCUAUGCGCAGACCGCGGCCGACUCCACGAGCGGCUCGAAAUGGUUUCUUGAAACGCAAGGCUGAGGAGCAGGACAAGCAGUCACGGCUGGAAGACGUGCCAAUGUUCAUAAUCUGA